GUUGGGGCAGGAAAAAAAAAACAUGAGAAUUUUCAGUCUUUUUUUCGAAAUCAUUGGAUUUGGAAUUGGGAUUCCGAUCGGUCUUCUACUGGGAUUUUUCAUAUUCAUAUACUCAGAGCCAGAUGAUGUGAAGGAUCCAAUAAUUAAACCACUUAAUGAGAUUGACACAGGCUCCCUGAUUGAUCUCUUGCAUGAGAUUCCUCCAUGGGUGAAACAUCCUGAUUAUGAAAGAAUUGACUGGUUCAACAAGGCUUUAUAUGAUAUGUGGCCUUACCUUGAUAAGGCAAUCUGCGGUAUCAUACGAAGCACGGCGAAGCCUAUAUUUGCAGAGUACAUUGGGCAGUAUCAGAUAAAAUCAAUCGAAUUCGAGACCCUGACUCUUGGAAGCCUUCCUCCUACAGUUUAUGGUAUGAGAGUUCAUGAAAGCAAUGAAAAUGAGCUGGUGUUUGAGCCUGCAAUUAGAUGGGCCGGAAAUCCCCACAUAACUGUGGUGUUGAAACUAUUGUCUUUUCGAAUUUCAGCGCAGCUGGUAGAUGUCCAAAUAUUUGCUGCACCAAGGAUCAUUUUAAGGCCUCUUGUGUCAUCAUUCCCAUGCUUUGCAAACAUAACAGCGACUUUGAUAGAUAAGCCGCAUGUGGAUUUUGGGCUCAAAAUACAGGGGGGGGAUGUCAUGGCAAUCCCUGGUUUGUAUCAGUUUGUUCCGGAAUUUAUAAGAAGACAAGUUGCUAGCCUUUAUUUAUGGCCCCAAACUUUGGAAAUACCCAUUCUUGAUGGUUCCCUAUCAGGGGCUAUAAAGAAGCCUGUAGGCAUUUUACAUGUGAAGGUUGUAAGGGCACUUAAACUCUUGAAGAUGGACAUUAUAGGAACGUCUGAUCCUUAUGUUAAGAUCAAGCUAAGUGGGGAGAGGCUUCCAUCAAAGAAAACUACCAUUAAGAUGAGGAACCUCAACCCUGAAUGGAAUGAGAAUUUCAAGCUUACAGUCAAAGAUCCCCAGUCCCAGGUUCUUCAGUUUCAUCUUUACGACUGGGAACAGAUUGGGACACAUGACUUUUUGGGGAUGCAAAUUGUUCCACUGAAGGUGCUUGCCCCACUUGAGAAAAAAGAAUUAACCCUUGAUUUGGUGAAGAACACAAACCCUUAUGAUCCUCAAAACAAGAAAUGGAGAGGCCAACUGGUGGUGGAAUUGACAUACAAUCCUUUUAUAGAUGAUAAUGCAAAAUACAGUGGACCUCUGGAUGCAAAUGUGGCAGGAGAAAACAUUGGAAGGAGCCGAAAGGCAUCCAUAGACUUUUCCUUCCUUUCAUCGCUAGAAGCAGCUGGUUUGCUUUCGGUUACAGUCCAAGGAGCCGAAGGUGUUGGAGGCAAGAACCACACCAACCCUAACCCUUAUUGUUUGGUCAGCUUUGGAUCAGAGACGAAGAUAACCAAGAUGCUGAGGAAAACCCAGCGUCCAAGUUGGAAUGAAGAAUUUCAGUUUGUGCUAGAAGAGGCUUCUUUAAAGGAUAAGAUCCAUAUUGAAGUAAAGAGUAAGAGAAGAUUUGGUUUCCGUCGAUAUGAAUCGUUGGGGUACAUUGAGAUCAGUUUUAGUGACGUGGUACACAACGGACGCAUUAGAGGGAAGUACAAUUUGAUAAAUUCGAAAAAUGGAGUUUUACACAUUGAGAUCAGGUGGAACUCCACAUGACACACGUCAAAGCUUUUGCAGUAGUAGAAUCUUUCGGUAGAGUUUUGCUAGCAACAAUGGUCGUUGAAUGAUUAUAAUUGUAAGAUUGAUUCAUAUCAAUCAAUGACUGUCAAUCAUUACGUAAGUAGCUGAUGACAGCAGAAUAUAUUUUUGUAUUAUGGUGAUUAGACAUUGUUUUCAAUCCACAUUAUGUGUUAGAAAUAGAAAUUCAUUCA